AUGAAGCUCAGCAACCACUCCCCAGAGCCUGAGACCAAAACACAGAUAGCUGCAGAUGGUGUGUAUGCCUCGGAAGCUGAGCAUCGCCUAACAUUCAACCACUUCAACGCCAUCCAGAGAACAGCCUUUGAUAGCCAUCUGAAGGGAAACGAAGAAGAAGAAGAAGAAGAAGAAGAGCAACAGGCACUCACAUACUCACUGAUCAACAUGGCUGACCCAAAGAGCAUCAUGUCUCCCGUGGCCACGAACCUCAACCCGCCAAAGAGCGACCCUAUCUCGCUCGCAGACCUAGCAAAAUCAGACGGCUCUGACCCCAGCCGUCCUAUCCUCGUUGCCAUCAAGGGAGACGUCUUCGAUGUCUCUGGAAACUCGGCAUAUGCUAAGGGAGGGAACUAUAACGUAUUUGCCGGCAAGGAUUCCUCGAGAGCCCUCGCAAAGUCUUCCCUGAAGCCGGAGGACUGUGUUCCCCAGUGGAGUGACCUGGGAGACAAGGAAAAGGGCGUCCUAGAAGACUGGCACAAGUUCUUCAGCAAGAGAUAUAACAUCGUAGGAAAGGUUGCAGGAGCAACUAACCUAUAG